CUAUUAAAAGCAAAGAAAAUGCUGAAGCAGAAUUGUUGGCUUUAUGGAACGAAAAAAGUCUUCUCAAGAACAACAAACUCAGGCUGGAGCAGGAGAUUCAUAAACUGAAGAUGGAGAACGGUGUCCAGAUGCACACCAUGAGUGUUGAGAGGGACGCUUUGGAGUUAAAGAUCCAGAAAGAAAAAGAGUCCAUCCAGCAAACACAACAGGAAGUCUGUGCUCUUCAACAGGACCUUCAGGUAAUGCAGGAUGCUAUUCAGCACGAAGAAGAACUGAAAGAAGAACUGUCUGAACUCAAGGCGCAGAGAAAAAUUGCUCAGAACUCAAGUUUAAAGCUGAAGUGUGAAUUACAAAAGCUUCAAAAUACUGGUGGCAACUGCAAAUUAUUGAAGCACGAACUUGAAGUGGAAAAGAAGAUUCUUGAAAUAGAAAGCCAGAAAUUGAAAACUUUAAAAAGACAAUAUGAAGAUGAAACCACAGAUGUCGAGACUGAAAAACUAGACAUUAAGUUAUUCAAGACUGAAAACCAGGCUCUGUUGGAGGAAAUCCAGUCUUUAGAAAGAGUUGUGGAAAUGAAGGCCGAGGCGGAAGCAGAGCUGGGUGGUUUGAGGAAAGAAAGCUCACAUCUUAAAAACAGCGUCCAAAGACUGAAAGAAGAGAUUCAAAGGAAAAAGGCUGAGCUUGAACAUCAUUCUAACCUCCUUUUGGAAGGAACUGUCAGCUCAUCUGAUCCACAAGCUCUGUUAGCGGCAGUUAAAGAAGAACAGCUUGCUGUUGAGCUUUUAAAAAGGGAAGCCACUGACCUGAAAAGUCAACUGCAUGAAUUGGAAGAAUCUUCAACAUUCCAAGGAGGUUUAAGAGUAGAACUGAGUGGCCUGUUGGCUCAGAAAAAGUUGGUGGCAGAAAAUAAUUCCAGGCUGAAAAAGAAAAUCCAACAACUUCAAGAGGAACACGAACAGGUGAUCGAAAUACAAGGAGAAGUUGCGGCACAAAGCAAGGCUCUGGAUACUUUAAAUGCAGAAGAAAAGGAGUUGGAAGAAGCUUAUAACCGCAUCAAGACUGACAUCGUGGCUCUUCAAUACGACAAAGGUCAACUAGAAUUUGAAAAAAAGGUCCUAUCGGGGAAAAUCCAAGAGAAAAAGAAGGUUUUGAAAAAGAAGAGCAAGGUAGAAUCUGAGCUGCGUGCUCUGAAGGAAGUUAGCAGUGCUCUCAAAGACAGCAUAGAACGGAUAAAACAGGAGAUUGAAAGAGAAAAUGCUGAAUUUGACCGGAUCAGUGAGUCUAAGGAGCUUCCUGACACACUGAUCUCAACUUUGUCGAGGAAAGUUUCAGAAGAAAAGUUCGCUGUUCAAAAUUUAGAACAGGAAGCUAAUGUUCUCAGGCGCAAGCUCCAAGACUUGAAAGUUUCUGUUCAGCAAAAACAAGCCGUAGAAAAAGAACUGCAUCAUGUUUCUGCAGAGAAACGGUUGGCUCAAGACAAUAUUUCAGAGAUGGAGCGUGAAAUCACAAAUCUUCAGAGCACGCUUGAUAAAUACAAUAAGAUGACUGCUGAAGUUUUGUCAGAAAGCAAGACUCUACGUACUUUGCAUCAGCAACAAAGGGAGUUGGAAAAAGAACAUGCGAGCAUCCAGGCAGAGAUCUCAGCUCUUAAAGUCAACAAAAGUAAACUGGCUGCUGAAUACCAGACCCUGUCAGAGGAACUCCAACAACAACAACAACAUGUGAAAAAGAAGACAGAGGCAGAAGAAGAGCUGCGUGCUCUGAGGAGAGUUACCGUUAGUCUCAAAGACAGCAUAGGAACCUUGAAGCAGCAGAUUAAAAGCCAGAAAGCUAAGUUUGGAGGCGUCUUCCAAGACGGUGCGCAGGAAGCGAUGUCUGACCCAUCAGACGUCUUAAAGGAUUUCUCCAGGAGAAUUGCAGACCAGAAGGUUGUCAUUGAAAAUUUAAAACUGAAAGCCGACAGUCUCAACAGCAAAUCCCAAGAAAUGCAAGGACUUAACAAGCAAAUACCAUUAAUGGAGAAACAGCUUUUGGACCUUGAUCGACGGAAACAGCUUUUGCAAGAAAAUAUUUCUACGACGACGCAAAAGAUCUCAAAAUUUCAGGAGAAAAAAAAGAGUUACGUCAGCAUGAAUGAAGAAGUUGUGGCAAAGAACAACGAACUUAAGAAACUGUACAGAGAACAAAAGAGGGUGGAAAAAGAAUGUCAAGGUCACGCCCCCAAGAGUCUUAUACCCCACCGUGAUUGGAUAACAAUAAACGGUCAUAUUAAGGCAGGGGUCGCUAAAUACCACCUUGGGGGCCGCAAAUGGCCCGCGGGCCGCAAGUUUGAGACCCCACCACUGGGUGGAAUAAAGGAGCCGGUCACAGCCGCAGAGGUGUAG